AUGAAAUCUAUCAAAUGUGUGGUGGUGGGAGAUGGUGCCGUUGGUAAGACCUCGUUACUUAUCUCCUAUACUACAAAUCAAUUUCCAGAGGAUUACGUGCCUACUGUGUUUGAUAACUAUUCUGCCAAUGUGAUGGUUGAUAACGAAAAAGUUACCAUUAACCUCUGGGAUACUGCUGGACAAGAGGAAUAUGAUCGCUUGAGACCUCUUUCAUACACCCAGACUGACGUUUUUUUGAUUUGUUUCUCUGUCGUGGAGCCCUCCUCUUUCUCGAACGUUAAGAACAAAUGGAUUCCCGAAAUACGACACCACACUCCAAAGGACACUUUGGUUAUUCUUAUCGGUACCAAGUCUGAUCUCAGGGAAGAUCCUCACGUUUUAGAUCAACUAGAAGAAAACGGCGAACAGCCAAUCAAUGCUCAAGGGGCCGAGGCCGAGGCAAAGGAGUUGGGAUGCGCUGGUUACAUGGAGUGCUCUGCUGCUUCCCAACAGGGUGUUAGAGAAGUGUUUGACUUUGCCAUUAAAGCUGUCAUUUCUCCAGAAACGGUUAAAGGAGCAGACAAGGUGGCCGAGAAGACUGUCGAUAGUGCUGCCAAGCCUGGCCGGGCUACAGGUAAUGAAAGGACUUUGGGACAUAAGAAGAGAAGCAGACUCUCCAGAGUCGCUCACUCCAAAAAGUGCCUUAUCCUAUAG